ACCAACACGCAAAUUGCCGUCGUGGUGCAUGUCAGUCCACCGUAGUACUACAACGUACAGCGCCAUGGAGGCCAUGCCGCUGCUGCUCUUCCUCGCCCUCCUCGUCCUCCCGGCGUACUGCCUGCAGUCGCCGCGGCAGUCCUACCACCUCGAACUCGCCCGCGUCGACGCCGCGGACACGGGAAGCCUCAACAUCAGCGACCAUGAGCUCCUCCGGCGCGCCAUCCAGCGCAGCCGGGACCGGCUGGCCAGCAUCACGCCCCGCCUGUACCCGACCCGCAACCGCAAGGUGGUGGUGGGCGAGGCCCCGGUGCUGUCGGCCGGGGGCGAGUACCUGGUGAAGCUCGGCCUGGGCACGCCGCAGCACUGCUUCACGGCGGCCAUCGACACGGCCAGCGACCUCAUCUGGACGCAGUGCCAGCCGUGCGUCAAGUGCUACCGCCAGAAGGACCCCGUGUUCAACCCCAUGGCCUCGACCACCUACGCCGUGGUGCCGUGCAACAGCGACACGUGCGACGAGCUGGACACCCACCGGUGCGGCCGCAGCGGCAGCGAGGACGACGACGACGACGACGUGUGCCAGUACACCUACACGUACGGCGGGAACUCGACGACGAGGGGCACGCUGGCCGUCGACAAGCUGACCAUCGGCGAGGACUCGUUCCACGGCGUCGUCUUCGGCUGCAGCAGCUCCAGCGUCGGGGGGCCGCCCGCGGAGGUGUCGGGGGUGGUGGGCCUCGGCCGCGGGCCGCUCUCGCUGGUGUCCCAGCUGUCGGUGCGGAGGUUCAUGUACUGCCUGCCCCCGCCGGCCUCCAGGAGCGCGGGGAGGCUGGUCCUCGGCGCCGACGCCACGGCCAUGCGCAACGCGUCGGACCGGAUCGUGGUGCCCAUGUCCAUCAACCCGCGGUACCCGUCCUACUACUACCUCAACCUCAACGGGCUGUCCAUCGGCGACAAGGCCAUGUCCUCCUCCUUCAGGAGCAUCAUGAACGCGACGACUCCAGGUACUUCAGACCCCGACCCCAACGUGGCGGCGUCUCCCAUGCCCGUGUCCGGCGACGGCGACGGCGGCGGCGGCACGGGGCCGAACGCGUUCGGGAUGAUCAUCGACAUCGCGUCGACGAUCACGUUCCUGGAGGAGUCGCUGUACGAGGAGCUGGUGGACGACCUGGAGGAGGAGAUCAGGCUGCCGCGGGGUUCCGGGUCGAGCCUGGGGCUGGACCUCUGCUUCAUCCUGCCCAACGGGGUGCCGAUGAGCCGCGUGUACGCGCCGUCCAUGUCGCUGGCGUUCGACGGGGAGUGGCUCAAGCUGGAGAAGGAGCUGCUGUUCGUGGAGGACAGGGAGAGCGGGAUGAUGUGCCUCAUGAUCGGCAAGACGGACGGGGUAUCUAUCCUCGGCAACUACCAGCAGCAGAACAUUCAGGUCAUGUACAACCUGCGCCGGGAGAGGAUCACCUUCGUCAAGACCAACUGCGAAUCCAUGACUCACUAGGAUUUCUUUAUAUUAUUUACCCAAUAACAAAUUUAGACAUCCAAGAGGAUAGGUACGGUAUGGCAUUGAGCUCUGCGUUUACCUAGCUUCUCUGAACAUUCAGAAAUCAGAACUGGACAGUGAGGGCAGAAAAAGAGCAACCACUCAUUGAAUUUGUGAGUGCAUUUUUACAGCAUAUCUAUAUCAUCCGAAAAUGUAUCAAGCGAAUUGAUACAAUGGUCUAAGGGCAUCCUUUUUUC